AUGGAUCUGCCUCUUAUAGAACCAGGAAUUGAUCCUUUCAUAGAUGAGGCAGAGCUUGUCUUGCAAGUUUUUCCUCAGUUGAUGAACUUUCUCCUACCACUGAAUGAAUCGCGACCCAGGAAAGCGUUGUUCCCCACAGAAUAUUAUAUAGACGUGGAAAAUAAUUUUUAUUACAUCUUCAUACAUGGUUACAUCUCCACUACUGUUUCUGCACUUAUUUUUGUGGGCGUGGAUACGUUUUUCAUAGUAGUUUUUCAGCACGCCUGUGGAAUUUAUGAAAUUUUAGGAUUUAAAUUAAAGAGUAUUUUGAACAAUGUUAUCUAUAAUUCUAUAAACAAUGAAGAUAAACUACAAGACGAUAUUAAUGUGGAGAUUAAAUUUUGUGUCCGGAAUCACAGAAGGAUUAUAAAAUUCGCGAAUGAUAUCUGUGAUUGCUUUUCAACUUGUUUCUUUGUGACCUUGGCUCUCAAUAUGUUAAUUCUAAGUGUCACAGGGGUUCAGACAGUGAUGAAGUUAGAUCGACUGUUUGAAACCAUCAGGUUUAUGACUUUUACUAUUUGCCAGAUGUUUCAUCUCUUCUACCUUAGUGUGCCUUGUCAACAAUUGAUUGAUGUCAGCUCUGGCAUUGAUUGA